GAGCCUGUUAUAUAGAUAAAGAAAGUCAGCCGCUCUACAUUAUCUACAGUGCAUCGAAUCAAACCAAAAUCUCCAAAUUGGAGGAGUUACGUCAGGUCUCGCAUACAUUUUAGGAAGUGUUUUGUGGUGUAACGCUUCCACGUUUUAUGUCAGGGAGGGAGUCACACAGGAGCAGUUACACCCUGAUUGACCUCAUACAUAUUAUAACCUACAACAAACCACCACUGUCACAUGAUCCGACUACAGCCUCACCAUCUUUCAAACACUGCAGAGCAACAUCUCCUGUCCAUUAGGCUACUCCCUGGACUACAGCCCAUCUGUUUGGAGUUCAACCUGGCUGGCUUAUGUUCAGUACCAGAGGACUCACCAUGUGGCUAAAAGGUUUUAUAAGUAACCAUGUCAACAUGAAACUUCUGAAGACCUGUGUCAUCCUUCUCCUUCUGACUGUGUUGUUCUUUACACUAAGAAACAUGGACCUGCUGCAGCGAAAUUAUAAAGAAAACUCUGCCAUCAUCAACAAGAAAGUGACUUCUACUCAGCCCACUGCUCCCCACACUGCUCCUCCCACUGCUUCUCCAGUGCCUGACAACUUCUGCACCUUCAAGCCAUUGUCUUCUGUAGAAGCUGAGGAGGAACGUCUCAUAUUGGAGUCCAUUGCUUGGCCUGAAACUCCUCCUCUGCCAGCUCCUUUUUCAUUGAAACAGACAACUCACGCCGCCCACAGCACCUUCAUCAUUCUCCCAGGGGGGGUUGGAGACGAGCGGCAUGUAGGAGACCAGCUGGAAGUUAUGAUAAAAAUGUACGACUUCCAAGGUAACCCCAAGAAGUCUGGAGGAGAUGCAAUUGUUGCCCGUUUGCACAACAGGGCACUUGAAGCAGGUGUGGCUGGACGAGUGGUGGAUCACCUUAAUGGCUCCUACUCUGCUGUAUUCCCUUUACUCUGGGAAGGAAGUGCACAGGUUGAGGUGACGCUUGUCCACUCAAGCGAGGCUAUCACAGUCCUCCGUAGACUAAACAGAGAACAUCCUGAUAGGACUAUCUUAAAGAGCCUCUUCCGCUCAGGUUCAGUCUCUGAAACUACCAUCUGUAAUAUUUGUCUACGUCAAACCAACCAGCCACAGUGCAACUACACUGACCUCCAUACUGGUGACCCGUGGUUCUGCUACAAGCCAAAGGAACUGAGCUGUGAUGACAGGAUGAACCACAUAAACGGAGGAAUGGAUAUAAAACUCAAGGCUAAUGAGGCGAACCUUUUCAAAAGCAAUGUCAACAUGCAAGUCUUCAUUCAGGCUUCAGGACCGGCCAAUGUUACUGUGCUGCCUCAAAGGAAAGAGCAACCCAUGGAUAGUCUAGGCAGUGGGAAGUCUGGACUCUCUGGGUAUUACUACCAGGGUGUGUGGCGACCACUAGGUGGCACCAAAGUCCACCAAUUCAACAACUCCUCUGCCAUCAGUCAGUGUCUGAAAGGAAAGGUGGUCCACAUGUAUGGAGACUCCACCGUCAGGCAGUGGUUUGAGUACCUUGAUGCUUCACUUCCAGAUGCUAAAGAGAUAAACCGGAAUAAUCCGAAGAAAUCAGGACCUUUCAUGAUAUGGGACAAUGCAAAAAACAUCUUGGUGAAGUUCCACUUACACGGUCCUCCUCUGAGUAUUUCCGUCCUUAUCCCAACCAGUGAGCUGCGUUACAUUGCCAAUGAAAUAGAUGAUGUAGUUGGUGGCACCAACACAGUUGUAAUUUUUGGCAUCUGGGCCCACCUCACUCCUUUCCCAAUGCAAUUCUACAUCAGAAGGCUUUACGGCAUCCGCAGGGCGGUGAUUCGUCUGUUAAACAGGGCUCCAGACACGCUGGUGGUCAUCAGGACUCCAAACCUCAGAGGUACAAACCCCAAUAUAUUUGCCUUUAAUGACUGGUAUGCUAUUCAACAGGACAAGGUGGUCAGAGCUGUGUUCAAAGGACUUAAUGUUCAGCUGGUGGAUGCCUGGGAGAUGGUUCUGGCCCACCACCUGCCUCACUACAUUCACCCACCUCCUCCCAUCAUUAGGAAUAUGGUUAACAUUAUAUUGUCCCACAUGUGCCCCCAAUAGUGCAUUUAAUAAUAAUAAUAACUUUAUUUA